CCGCACGCUGACAGUUUGGGACCCGUGACGUAAGGUUGAUAGUUUCGUUCCGGAUGAAGCAAGGAUUGAGAAAACCAUAAGAAGUCGGCCAAAUAUCGCAUCGCACGACAAACGAGCAGGUAAUAAAGCUCAAAUUAGCGGAUAUAGCGGUACACUUCAACAUGGCGAAACCAGUUCUCGUAGUCAUCGGCACUGGCUGGGGAGGUUUCACCCUCACACAAAAAGUCGACCUCGCCAAAUACGAUGUCAAGGUCAUCUCUCCGAUUCGAACAAUCCAAUACACCCCAUUGCUAGCCAGCGCAGCAUGCGGACUAUUCAAUUUCCGUCUUGCGGAAGAGCCCGUCAGACGGAAGCACAGGACAGAGAUGGACUACUACAAGGCCAUUGCGGAAGACAUCGACUUUGAAAAGCAAAUUGUGCGAUGCAAGACCGAUGCGCCCACCGCAGGCGAGGACCCAACUACCUUUGAAGUCAAAUACGACAAAAUUUGCAUAGCCCCAGGUUGCGAUACUCAGGACUUCGGCACGCCAGGUGCGAAAGAGCAUGCCCUUUUUUUGAAGACGACGAAUGAUGCCCGCUUGAUUCAGCAACGCAUUCUCCAAAUGCUCGAUAAAGCGUCUCUCCCGACGACAAGCGAGCAGGAUCAACAUGAUUAUCUCAACAUUCGAAUCGUCGGUGGCGGCGCCAUCGGCAUUGAGGCAGCCGCGGAGCUGUGGGAUCUUUGGUUCGAAGACAUGCGUUUUCUGUUUCCCCACCUGGAUGGCAAGGUGAACAUUACCAUUCACGAUGUCGCGCCCAAGAUUCUAUCCACAUUUGACGCAAACUUAAGCGAGUAUGCCACGAGCUCGUUACAAGGGAAGCACGUCAAGAUCAAAACAGGGUCACACAUCCAGAGUGUGGAGGCCGAUGCGAUCUUCACGAAAGAGGAUGGUCGAUUACCGUACGGAUUGCUUAUCUGGGCUACGGGAAACAUGGCAAGCUCUUUGGUUGAGAAGUUACCCGUCAAAAAGCCAGAGAGCGGUCUGCCUCGCAUCCUGACAGACAAGUACCUUCGCGUCUUGCAUCCAGAUGGAAGCCCCAUGAGCAAUGUUUACGCGCUCGGCGACGCUGCCGAUAUCGAGGGUGAAUCGUUGCCCACUCUGGCUGAAGUAGCUCUGCAGAAAGGCGAAUACCUUACGAGCACUUUGAACUCGAACGUCGACCCCAUGCCUUUCAACUACAAGCAGAGAGCACUCUUAGCCUACCUGGGCCGCCACGAUGGUAUAAUUGGUGGUAAGCAGGAGUGGACUGGAAUGAGCGCGUGGUUGGCUUGGCGUUCUGGAAGUCUAGGCUGGACGAGGAGCUGGAGGAGGAAGAUCAUGAUUUCAAUAAGCUGGGUGUUUAUCUGGCUGGCGGGCAGAGAUAUUGCGAGACCAUAGGUCAAUUUGGGGGAAAAUUGCCCAAAGGUGUGCAAGUGGACCUGCAAUGAUUCAAAAUGACACAGAUACCAAAGUUGCCUGGGUAAAAUUUGUCUACAUUUGCGAUUUUGGUUUAUGGCGCCGACGUUAUGGAGAUGUAUUG